UCCGCGCCGGGUCCGCCUCUGACUGCGGCGCGGCGGGGCGAUGUGCGAGUACCAUGGCGAGGAGCCUCUGUCCGGGGGCCUGGCUGAGGAAACCCCGCUACCUCCAGGCUCGAUUCUCAUAUGUGCGGAUGAAGUAUCUCUUCUUUUCCUGGCUGGCUGUUUUCGUUGGGAGCUGGAUUAUAUAUGUGCAGUACUCUACCUAUACAGAACUAUGCAGAGGAAAGGACUGUAAGAAAAUAAUAUGUGACAAGUACAAGACUGGAGUUAUUGAUGGGCCUGCAUGUAACAGUCUCUGUGUGACGGAAACACUUUACUUUGGAAAAUGCUUAUCCACCAAGCCCAACAAUCAGAUGUAUUUAGGGAUUUGGGAUAAUUUACCAGGUGUUGUGAAAUGCCAAAUGGAACAAGCACUUCAUCUUGAUUUUGGAACUGAAUUGGAGCCAAGAAAAGAAAUAGUGCUAUUUGAUAAGCCAACUAGGGGAACUACUGUACAGAAAUUCAAAGAAAUGGUCUACAGUCUCUUUAAGGCAAAAUUGGGUGACCAAGGAAACCUCUCAGAACUAGUGAACCUCAUUUUGACGGUGGCUGAUGGAGACAAAGAUGGCCAGGUUUCCUUGGGAGAAGCAAAGUCAGCAUGGGCACUCCUUCAUUUAAAUGAAUUUCUUCUCAUGGUGAUACUGCAAGAUAAGGAACAUACCCCUAAACUAAUGGGAUUCUGUGGUGACCUCUAUGUGAUGGAAAGUGUUGAAUAUACCUCUCUUUAUGGAAUAAGCCUUCCGUGGGUCAUUGAACUUUUCAUCCCAUCUGGGUUCAGAAGGAGCAUGGACCAGUUGUUCACACCAUCGUGGCCUAGGAAGGCUAAAAUAGCCAUAGGACUUCUGGAAUUUGUGGAAGAUGUCUUCCAUGGCCCCUAUGGAAACUUUCUCAUGUGUGACACUAGUGCCAAAAACCUAGGAUAUAAUGAGAAAUAUGACUUGAAAAUGGUGGAUAUGAGAAAAAUUGUGCCAGAGACAAACCUUAAAGAAAUUAUUAAGGAUCGUCACUGUGAGAGUGAUCUGGACUGUGUCUAUGGCACAGAUUGCAGAACUAGCUGUGACCAGAACACAAUGAAGUGUACUUCUGAAGUGAUACAGCCAAACUUGGCAAAAGCCUGCCAGCUACUAAAAGACUACCUACUGCGUGGUGCUCCAAGUGAAAUUCGUGAAGAACUAGAAAAGCAGCUUUAUUCUUGUAUUGCUCUCAAAGUCACAGCAAAUCAAAUGGAAAUGGAACAUUCUUUAAUACUAAAUAACCUAAAAACAUUAUUAUGGAAGAAAAUCUCCUACACAAAUGAUUCUUAGCUAAUUCAGAUUGUAGGAAACUUAGAAGUCCUGAACAACUUUUAAGCAUCUGAAACAAUGGUUUCUGACUUAUGAUCCCUCUUCUAGCCUGUGAAGUCAUCAAUGCAUGUGACUGGAAGUAGUGGCUGGAUCAACGUGUCUCAAAAGACUUCAUUCCUGUCCUUCCCGAAGGAAGCUCUAUUACAUUUCACAAGUACAUUCUCUGUGUACUUAAAAUACUGUGAGAAGCCGAUCAUUCCAUAAACAGUGAGUGUUUGGUAGAUUUGUUAGCCAAAAUACCCAUUGCUGGAAACAUUGUUUGCAUCGAAGCUGCUGUUAAGGAAAGUGUAUUCAUAAAUUUAUGUGUUAGCAUGGUAAAGUUUGCACAUAACACAAAUUAAGACUGCAAAACAGAUAAAUUAAAAUUACUCCUUUAUAAAAUGGAUGUUGGGUCAAUAGCAUUGUUUAUUAGCUCCAACCAAACCUCCACUGAUUUCCUUGGACUGAAGAUGUGGCUCAGUGCGAAGUCUGAAGCUCCAUCAGUGCAAAGUAAAAUAACCUGACAUCUUAAGGCCAAACUCAGACAAGAUCCAUACUCUGAAUUUGAGCCAUGGAGAAAGUGAGACCACUAAAAACAAAGCUGAAAAUAUAUAUAUAUAUAUAUGUAUAUAUAUUUAAAAGGCUGAAAUGUAUCAUGGGAAUCUGUUCCAUAAGUUUUUC